AUCGAACAAAAAAACCGAAAUUGGAAACAAAAAUCCGAAAAAUAAUGGAUUAGAAAAGCAUUAACUUUAGCUUUUACCGUUUGUUAUGCAGUCGAUGUUUUUAUUGUUUCCGGCCUCUCCACCAACCUUUAUCUUUGUUUUACUUCCUCUUUAAACAGUGGAAAAACCACAGCAUAAAAGGCAAAAGCAGGACGCAGUGAGAGAGAAAACAGAGGAAGCAAUUUCUGAGACGGAGACGUAGCGGUCUAACAACCAUGGGGUGAGAAAAGAGUAAAGCAGAAGCAGCUGGUACGGGAAGUGCUGAUUAAGGAAGAAGAGAAGUUGUUUUGAUUGAUCGUUUUUGCCUCUGGGUAUUUUUGUAGAAAAUUAGUUCAUAUCAGUCAAUUUUGGCAUGUGAUUUCGGACCGGAGUUUUACUGAUCAGGCGUGAUCGUGUGAGAAGUUGAGAGUAUACGAAGCUUCAUCCAGAAUUACUGAAUUCUGGUGGUUUAGAGCCUAGUUAUCAGGCCCCUUGUUGAGUUUAUUCAUCUUGGUUUCGGUUUUUAUUCGUUUGUGGAUCGGAAAAAAAAUCAGUAUCGAAGGUGGUGCUGUUAUUGGCCAGAGUUAUGGCUACUGCGUCGCAGGCAGACUCUAGACGCAAGUAUUCUUGGUGGUGGGACAGCCACAUAAGCCCGAAGAAUUCAAGAUGGCUUCAGGAAAAUCUUACAGAUAUGGAUGCCAAAGUCAAACACAUGAUCAAGCUCAUUGAAUUGGAUGCCGAUUCCUUUGCUAGGAGGGCAGAGAUGUACUAUAAACAGCGCCCAGAAUUAAUGAAAUUGGUAGAAGAGUUCUAUCGAGCAUACCGUGCAUUAGCUGAGAGAUAUGAUCAUGCAACUGGGGCACUGCGCCAGGCUCAUCGAACCAUGGCAGAAGCAUUUCCCAACCAAGUUCCCUUUGCAAUGGGAGAUGAUUCACCCGCAGGUUCCUCUGCUAGUGAGGCUGAUCCCCGUACACCUGAGAUGCCACACCCAAUGCGGGCAUUCUUAGACCUUGAUGAAUUGCAAAAAGAUGCUCCGGGAAUCUCUUCAUCCCAUUUCCUCAGUGUCAAAAAGAAUGGAGCUUACACCAAUGAAUCUGACUCUGGAACAAGCAGAACGGGCUUGAAACAGCUGAACGAUCUAUUUGGGUCUGGAGAAGGAAGGGCAAAAAAAGGCCUCAAUUUUCAUGAUGAAGAAGAAAAAGACCGUAUGCGGGACAAUGAGACCCAUAACAUCAAGGCUCGAUCAUUGUCCGAGUCUGAUCGACUAGGUAAAGCAGAGACAGAAAUUUCAAACUUGAAGGAGGCCCUUGCUAAAUUAGAAGCCGAAAAGGAAGCUGGCCUACUUCAGUACCAACAGUGUUUAGAGAGGUUAAAUAAUCUGGAGUCUGAAGUCGCUCGUGCACAUGAGGAUUCCAGGGAACUGAACGAGCGAGCCAGUAAAGCUGAAGCUGAAGUUCAAGCUUCGCAGGAAGCACUUGCUAAAUUAGAGUCUGAAAGGGAUGCUAGCCUUCUGCAGUAUCAGCAGUGUUUGGAUAAAAUCACUAAUCUGGAGGACAGUAUCUCUUGUGCCCAAAAGGAUGCUGCAGAGCUCAAUGAUCGCGCAAGUAAAGUUGAAACUGAGGCUGGAACUCUAAAGCAAGAUCUUGCAAAGGUCGUAGCUGAGAAAGAAGCCGCACUUGCACAAUAUCAACAAUGUCUAGAAAUGAUAUCAAAUCUGGAGGAAAAAAUACUGCAUAUUGAGGAGGAUACAAGAAGAAUUAAUGAGCGAGCUGUUAAAGCCGAAGGUGAAGUUGAAACCUUGAAGCAAGCAAUUGCCAAGUUAAAUGAAGAGAAGGAAGCUGCUGCUCUCCAGUACCGGCAGUGCUUGGAAACCAUAUCUACUCUGGAGCAUAAGAUAGCUAGUGCCCAAGAGGAGGCCCAGCGGCUACACUCUGAAAUAGAUGAUGGGAUUGCAAAGUUAAGGGGUUCUGAAGAAAAGUGUAUUCUACUGGCACAAUCAAAUCAGACGCUCCAAUCUGAGUUGGAGUCUUUGGUGCAGAAAAUGGAAUCUCAGGGUGAAGAACUGAUUGAGAAGCAGAUGGAGUUGGGCAGACUCUGGACUUCCAUACGAGAAGAGCGUUUGCGAUUCAUGGAGGCUGAAACUGCUUUCCAGACACUGCAGCAUUUGCAUUCUCAAUCCCAGGAGGAACUUAGAUCUAUGUAUUCUGAACUUCACAAUGGAGCUUUAAUUAUGAAGGACAUGGAAAUGCGUAAUCAGGUUUUGGAGGACGAAGUCCAGAAUUCGAAGGAGGAAAACAAGAGGCUGAGUGAGCUCAAUCUGUCUUCAUCCAUGUCAAUAAAAAAUCUGCAAGAUGAGAUCUUAAUCUUGAGGGAGACAAUUAGAAAACUUGAAGAGGAACUCGGACUCCGAGUAGACCAAAGAAACGCUCUCCAGCAAGAGAUAUACUGCCUGAAGGAGCAACUCAAUGGCUUGAACAAGAAACACCAAGUUAUGCUAGAGCAGAUAGAGUCAGUUGGCUUGAAUCCAGAGUGCCUUGCGUCAUCUGUGAAGGAACUGCAGGGUGAAAAAUCACAGCUAGAACAGAUGUGUGAGGCUGAUAGAAGUGAGAAAGCGGCACUGUUAGAAAAGUUGGAAAUCAUGCAGAAACUUAUGGAGAAAAAUGUUCUUUUGGAGAGUUCCCUUUCUGAUUUGAACGUUGAGUUAAAAGGUGUUAGAGGGAAGGUAAAGGAGUUGGAAGAAUCAUGUCAAUCUCAUCUGGAGGAAAAAGGUACAAUUGCUGCUGAAAAUGCCGCCCUACUUUCCCAGUUACAAAUUAUGACCGAGAACUUGAAGAAAUCAUCGGAGAAUAACAAAAUUUUGGAGAAUUCCCUUUGUGAUGCAAAUGCUGAACUUGAAGGCUUGAGGGUAAUAUCAAAGAGCUUAGAAGAGUCCUGUCUAUUGCUUGAUAACGAGAAGUCUGGUCUGACCAAGGAGAGAGAAAAUGUAGUUUCUGAGUUGGGCGCUACUCAGCAAAGACUGGCAGGUCUGGAAAAGGGAUAUACAGAAGUAGAAGAGAAACUCUCUGCUCUUGAGAAAGAGAGAGAAUCCGCACUUCGUAAAGUGGAAGAGCUACAUGUUUUCUUAGAUUCUGAGAAACAAAAACAUGCCAGUUUUGUUCAGUUGAGUGAAACCCAGAUGGCUGGUAUGGGAUUGCAGAUCUCUCGUCUCCAAGCAGAAGGCAUGUGCAUGAAGAAAGAAUAUGAAGUGGAACAAGACAAAGCUAUGAACGCGCAGAUUGAAAUCUUUGUCUUGCAGAAAUGCAUAAAAGAUCUGGAAGAAAAGAUCUUGUCCCUCCUGAUUGAGCGUCAAAAGCUGUUGGAGGCAUCCAAAAUGUCAGAGAAACAGAUUUCUGACCUAGAGCAUGGAAAUCUUGAGAAACAGGUGGAGAUUAAAUCUUUCCUUUUGCAAACGAAAGUACUGAGAAUGGGGCUGUAUCAGGUGUUUAAGACUCUUGACGUGGAGGCAAACCUCAGUUGUGCAGGAGAGGUUGAGCAAGACGAAACACUUCUUAACAACAUUCUUGUCAAACUUCAAGAGACGCAAAAUUCUCUCUCUGAAACUUGUGAUCAAAAUCAGCAGUUGGUUAUUGAGAAGUCAGUUCUCAUAGAAAUGAUUGACCAACUAAAACUAGAGGCAGCAAAUCUUAUGAGAGAAAGAAACACCCUGGACGGAGAGUUCAAGAAUCAGUCUGAGAAGCUUGUGGUGUUACAGAGUGGGGCCCAAAGACUUGAGGAGAAUAAUGAAGAAUUGAAGUUGAAAGUAGAGGAGGGAGACCACAGAGAGCAAGUGUUGAGGACUGAAAUAGAUGAUCUGCAUGAGCAGUUCUUGGACUUGCAAAGUGCAUACAACGAUGUAUUGGAAGAGAAUGGCAAGAUGCUUGUAGAGAAAGGAGCUUUGACAAAGAUGGUAUCGAAUUUGUGGGAAGAGAAUCGUGACCUCGAAGAGGAGAAAUGUGUCAUGUUUGGUGAAACGAUAUAUCACAAUAACUUUUCACUUGUUCUCAAAGAUUUUAUUUCAAGAAAGCUGCUGGAGCUGGAAGAGCUCACUGACUAUUUAGAUAAACUACAUCUUGGAAAGAAUGACCUGGAAGAUAAGGUAAGGAUAUUGGAGGGGAAGUUAGAAGAUACACGGAUGGACAACUUACGGCUCAAGGAGUCAUUGAAUAAGUCCGAGAAUGAGCUGGAGUUGGUUAAAUCUGUUAAUGAUCAAUUGAAUGGUGAAAUUGCAAAUGCAAAGGAUGCGUUGUACCAUAAAGAAAAUGAGCUUUUGGAAGUACAUCAGGCCAUCAGUGUGCUACAGAAUGAGAGCCAAGAGUUGCAUGCGUUAGUGGAGGACAUGAAUGGUAAGUAUGGUGAGGCUAAGGUGGCACUACAAGAUCAAGAGAAGCAAAUUCUCAAACUCUCUGCAGACAAUGAACUUCAUAUCAAAGAGACUGGCAACCUUUGUGUAGUGAAUCAGGAGUUGGAGUCAGAAGUGCAGAAAAUGCAGCAAAAAGCUGAAAAAACUAAAAUCAAAGAGGAAGGUUUGAUCAAUGAACUGCAAAAGGAAAGACAAGAGAUAGAAAUGUGGUUGUUUCAGGCUGCCACAUUAUUUGGCGAACUGCAGAGUUCCAACAUUCGUGAAACAUUGUUUGAAGGAAAGAUUCACGAGCUCAUUGAAGCAUGUCAGAUCCUCGAAGACAGAAGCAAUUCCAGAGGCAUCGAGAACAAAAUUUUGAAAGAAAGAGUUUGCGCAUUGGAAGACGAAAAUGGAGGGCUACAAGCUCAGUUGGCUGCAUAUAUUCCAGCUGUCAUCUCUUUGAAGGAGUGUAUAACAUCACUUGAGAAGCAUAUACUUGCAGACACCGGUUCUUGUAAACUUGACACUGAAGAAUCAAAGGAUGCCCUUCUGCAUGCUGAAAGCUCUCAAAUGGAUGGAGAUCAAACAGCCACAGUAUCAGAUGGUGUUUUGGACUUGCAGGAUUUACAAAGAAGAAUUGAAGCUAUUGAAAAGGCAGUGGUGGAAAAGGAAGGUCAUGUUUCUGCAAAUCAGGUUCGUGACAUUAUGAAGAAGCGUGAAAUAUCUGGAUCAGGGAAUGAAGUUCUGACAAAAGACAUCGUUCUUGAUCAGAUAUCGGAGUGUUCAUCCUAUGGGAUAAGCAGAAGAGAAACCAUAGAGUCUGAUGCUCAGAUGCUUGAGUUGUGGGAGACCAGUGACCAGGAUGGCAGCAUUGAUUUGACGGUUGGCAACUCCCAGAAGGCGGCCGCUGUACCCACUGACCACAGUCAGAUGGAGGCAGGAAAGGAGCACAAUAAAGGACAUCCCUCUUCUGAAUCAUUGGUUGAGAAAGAAUUGGGUAUUAACAAAUUAGAGCUCUCUAGGAGAUUUACACAGCCCCGUCAAGAAGGGAACAAGAGAAGCAUCCUAGAAAGACUUGAUUCCGAUGUGCAAAAGUUGACAAACCUUCAAAUUACUGUGGAAGACCUGAAGACAAAGGUGGAGAUUACUGAGAAGAGCAAAAGGGGCAAUAAUGUGGAACUUGAUAGCGUAAAGGGGCAGCUGGAAGAAGCCAAAGAGGCCAUUACGAAGUUGUUUGAUGCCAAUCAAAUGUUGAUGAAGAGUGUUGAAGAUGAUCCUCCGUCCUCUGCUGGAUCUUCUGGGGAAGUACCAGAUGAAAGUGGGAGCGUGAGAAGGAGGAGACUUUCUGAACAAGCAAAAAGAGGGUCGGAAAACAUUGGGCGGUUGCAGUUGCAGGUUCAGAAACUGCAGUUUCUUCUUCUGAAAAUCGAUGGCGAAAAAGACAGCAAAGGAUCAGCUAGAAUCAUCGAGCGGAAGAAAAGCGUUCUUCUACGUGACUACCUCUAUGGCGUGGGAAAACCCGUCAACCAAGGGAAACGGAAGAAAUCGCCCUUCUGUGCAUGCAUACAGCCCCCAACCAAGGGAGAUUAAAGCAAUGAAAUUUCAUUAGUUUACGGUAAAAUGAUGAGGCACUAGUUUUGCCUCAUUGUCCAUAAGUUUUUUUUACUUUUUAGAGCUCUACUUGUUUUGCCAUAUUUUAGAGAGAGAGAGAGAGAGAGAGACGGAGAGAGAGUAUUGGGUCUUGGAUUAGUUUUGAGAUCCUGCUGUACAUUUCAGGCCCCAUCUUCUAUUCAAAGGAAACCCACUGAUGGGGUUUGCCUUUUUUUUUUUUUUUUUUUAUUCCCCAUGUUUUUUUCUUUCUUCUUUUACAUAAAGAGAACUAGCAGAGUGUAUGAAAAUAAAAUCUUUUAUUGAA